AUGCAAUCAGAACUGAAGAUCAGUCGACAAAUCAUUCACCUAAAAUACUUGGAUUACAAUGGAAUCCGAGAACUGACGAAUUCGCUAUCGACGAGCAUGAACGCAUUUUACAAGAAUAUUCCCAGAAGGAUUUACCAAAAAGAAGAAACUAACGCACUAAUCACUUACUGUGAUGCUAGCAAGUUAGCCAUGACGGCGUGCACAUAUUUGGCAACGCACAAUGACUCCAAUUUUUUGAUAGCAAAAUCAAAAUCUGCAGACUACAAACAUCCAAUUACAGUACCGAAAAUGGAAAUGAACGCAGUCGCAAUAGGAGCACGGCUGACCAUGAACACCUACUUAAGUCUGAAAACUGCGAUCCAGGUUACUAAGGUCAUUCUCCUAUCCGAUUCGGAAAUCGUACUGAACUGGAUAAAAAGUUCCCUCCGACGUCAAGGCACAGGACAGUAUGUCAAAAACCGAGUGAAGGAAGUGCACAGUAUAGUAAAAGAACUACAAGGAAUGAACAUUAGUGUCCAGUUCGGCUACAUCGACACGAAACAAAACCCCGCGGACAUAGGAACACGAGGAGCAUCAGCAGAGGAGCUUGGUUCUCACAUAUGGUGGAAAGCCUACUCAAUCUGUAACAUAACUGAAAGCAGCAUUGGUUCAUCACUGUUCAAUAUUACACCACAAGAUAACAACCACGAAGAAAAGGAAUUGGAAAAAACCUUCAUGAAUGCAUUAACAACACGGACAGAAAAAAUUAAGGACCUAAUGGACUUAUCUCGAUACAGCUGUAAAAGGAAAGCCUUGAGAGUCCUGGCAUAUGCCAUAAUGUUCCUCCGAAACACCAUAGCUCAUUUAAGGGACCCGCUAAGAAACAAACUACAAGAACAUCUGACUUACCUCCACGCACGACCACAAGAGAAGUAUCUCACCGCUACCGAUAUUAAACAAUCUCAUGAUGCACUGGUCAGAAACCACCAAAAAGUUCAUUUACGACAACAAGAUAAAAAGGACUUGUUGAGGAACCUCAACUUAAUGGAGGACAAAGACCACUUACUUAGAGCACAUGGGCGUCUCAACAAAUCUGACUUGGAUGAAGAAACGAAAAACCCUAUUCUCGUUCUGCCCCACACAGAAUUAGCUCAAGAAUGUCAACGAGACAAUCCACUGACGAGUUUACCAAAAAACGACAAGAAGAAGAACAACGAUUGA